UCAGGGUGCAAGAUCAACGCUGGGUGUGGAUCGGGGCUGGGUGUGUCAAAAAUGAUGGGUGGAACCGAUCGACUUGCACAUUUGCAAAACCUGCUUGUCCAACUCAGCAAACAGGUGGGCUCCUCGAAAGCUGCCAGCUGAAAUUCGUCCCAUUUGCUUUCCAACUUCCCUAAUGAAGUCGCCAUUGUGAACAUCCUUAAAGUGGGUGAUCCCAGCUGGACCGCUUGCAUCAGUGAUGGAACAAUUCCGGACGUUGGAGCAGGCCCUGGGGAAGCUGGUCAGCACGUUUCAAGGCUACUGCCGGAAGGAAGGUGACCGAAACACACUUAGCAAAGCGGAGCUACGCAGCCUCCUGGAGAACGAGCUUCCGAGCCUGCAAACGCUGGGAGUCAAAGGCAAGGCUUUUGAAGAGAUGCGCACCCUGUUGGAUAUGGACCGAGACGGCGAAGUCAACUUCGAAGAAUACAUCCGCUUCAUCGCGGCGGCCUGCACCUUCUUCCACCUGUACUUCCGAGAUGCUCCUGUGGUCCAGCCACGCGUGUAGUGAGGUUAUUGCAAACACUAUCGCGAUGAAGAGGUCGGUGC